AACCCCGGAUAUCUCCAUCAUCAACUCUGCAUUUCGCUUUCACAGUUCAAAAGGAAUUUUGCCUUUUGAGAUAUAUUUUCUUAUCCUGAAAUUCAAUAUUGGUUCUCCAGCAUCGAAGCCCCAAAAUUCUAUCAGCACCGCCCUUCUAUCUGUCUCGAUAUCUCACGAAAUCAUUUUAGCUUUGGACUUAUGACCAAAUUCUUCUUCUCGUCCCUCAACUUUCCCCUGUAGGGCUCUUUUGCUUUCUGGGUUUUGCUUCCUGUGAGCAAUGAUGGUUGUCUUCUUUCUCUCUCUGAGAUCCUCUGAUUGAUACUGUUAAUUAUUGCUCUCUGUUCUUGGCAUCAACUCAAUUGGGUAUUGUUUAUUUUCCCUCGCGGCACAUUGUUCUGUUGUUAUUUUCAGGUUCUUUGUCAUAUUUCUGAUGGGCCUUCCUGCAGGUAUUUCGACUUCUGAAAUUAACUUAUGGGUUCUCAUCUGUUGUCUCUUUGUUUAAGCUUUUAGCAGGUUGUUUCCCUCCAAACGGUUGUCUCCAUGAACUGUUAAUCUCCUGGGAACUUCUUCUUCUUGCGUUCGUCACAGUCGUCUUGUUAAAAGCUGAUAUUUUCUUAUACUUUCUGCAACUUUUCCUCAAGCCCUUGUUGAGUUGAAUUCUGCCUAUUGAGGGUUGGGUUUAGCUUCUGCCAAAAAAAAAAAGGUGCUCAGUGUAUACAACAAUCCGUUGCUUUUUAAAAAAUGCCUCCUUCAGACUUACCUCUUAGGUGGGAGUGCACCGGAGACCAGUGGUGGUAUGCUUCUCCUGUUGAUUGGGCAGCUGCUAAUGGCCACUAUGACUUGGUCCGGGAGCUCCUCCGCCUUGACAGCAACCACCUCAUCAAGCUCACCUCUCUACGGAGAAUUCGCCGCCUUGAAACCGUCUGGGAUGACGAAGAACAAUUCGAUGAUGUAGCGAAAUGCAGAUCUCAGGUUGCCCAGAAGCUCUUUCUGGAGGGCGAAGCCAAGAGAGGAAAGAACUCUCUCAUUCGAGCUGGCUAUGGUGGGUGGCUCCUGUACACUGCUGCCUCGGCUGGAGACUUGGGCUUUGUUCAAAUGCUGCUUGAAAGAGACCCUCUUCUUGUAUUUGGGGAAGGAGAGUAUGGUGUUACUGAUAUACUUUAUGCUGCUGCCCGGAGUAAGAAUUCUGAGGUUUUCAAGGUUGUUUUUGAUUUUGCUGUUUCGCCGAGGUUUUCAAGUAGCAGAGGAGAGUUGGAGGAGCACAUUGGGGAGAUCCCUUCUGUUUUUAGGCAAGAGAUGGUGAAUAGAGCUGUUCAUGCUGCUGCCAGAGGUGGAAAUUUGAAGAUUCUGAAGGAGCUUCUCAGUGACUGCUCUGAUGUUUUGGCUUAUAGGGAUGUUAAUGGCUCAACUAUCUUACAUGCUGCUGCUGGCAGGGGGCAGAUUGAGGUAGUUAGAGAGCUUAUAUCAUCCUUCGAUAUCAUCAACUCCACAGACAAUCAAGGCAACACAGCAUUGCACGUGGCUGCUUUCAAGGGCCAAUUAGCUGUCGUUGAAACCCUUAUUCUUGCAUCUCCCUCUUCCAUCAGUUCAACAAAUUAUGCUGGUGAAACAGUUCUCCAUUUGGCUGCAUCUGGUUUCCAAAGUCCUGUCUUUCGAAGGUUAGAUCGGCAGAUUGAGUUCAUGAAGCAGUUAGUAUGUGGGAAAGUUGUCAAUGUUGAAGGUAUCAUCAAUGCAAAAAAUAAAGAGGGAAGAACUGCCCUUCAUAUGGCCAUCAUAGGAAACAUCCAUUCUGAUCUAGUUGAACUCCUGAUGACUGUUCGUCCAAUUGAUGUGAAUAUCCGAGAUGUAGAUGGCUUGACCCCACUCGAUAUCCUUAGGCAACGGCCACAAUCUGCAUCAUCGGAAAUACUAAUUAGGCAGAUGAUUUCAGCUGGGGGAAUAUUUAGCUGCAGUGAUUUCACUGCAAGAAGAGCAAUUGUUUCCCACCUAAAGAAUCAAGGCAUUGGAAGCAGCCCUGGGACUUCUUUUAGAAUAUCCGACACAGAAAUAUUCUUGCACACAGGCAUUGAGCAUGGAUCAGAUGCCAGUGCAGGAAUGAGUCCACAUUCAACUGAACCAAGUCAAGUGGAUUCUGGUAAUGAGCACGAUAGCUCAUUAACGAAUAAGAAAUCAGGUUCUAUAAACUUUGCUGCACAGCAUUUGAAAAACCUGCUCCGGUUGUCACGGAUGAAAAAUAAAAAACCUGAGAGAGUCAAGCAGUCAGGAGAUGAUAACUCAGCAGAAUCGUAUAAGAAAUGGAGUACUUCAGAUGAAGUUCCUACACCGCUUCGACAGAGAUUUUCAAAGCCCUCUGCACUUUCUAGUAACAAGCGGACGCUUUCUGUUAGGAGUAAUCAGCCGAGCCCAAUUGCUAAGAAGAGAUUUGCUUCAGGGCUAAUGCGUGGCGUUGUGCAAGCCAUGCCACACUUAACAAUACCGCGCCGAUCACCUUCAAGUUCGUUCUCAAAAUCGUCAUUUUCUUCACCCAACUCACUGGAUAAACAAAAGGGUGUUUAUAUUGGGAGUGAUUUUGCAGGACCCUCUACCUCAGAUCAAAUAUUUGAUGACAGAACACCAAAUUUGAUUCCCAAAGAAGUCUCAUCCAAUAAGAGUUUGAUGAACCAGUUGUUCUGUUUUGGUGCCCCAGGCCUUUCUGCAAAAGAACCAGUUGGCAGAAACCCUAUGUAUAAGCGCUCUGUUCUCUCAGUCGCAUGAUUGACUUCAAAAAAGGAGGUUUAUCUUGAGACUAUAGGGGCACAACAACAAAGAAGGAAAGCAAGUUCAUGGAUCCAUCCAAGGCUGCUGAUAGGAUAAGUUGCAUUAACUACUGCUUAAAAUUUUGCCUUUUAUUGUCCGUCUGUCUUCUAAAUGUUUGUAAAUUAUGUACUUCUUGGAAAUAACUGUAUGCUAAAUUAUGUUUCUUGCAUUACUGUGUGCUGAAUAGAAAAAACUUUCUAUUUCUGGUAGAGAA